GCAACAACAAACUCGUGCUUACAAUGCAGCGGAUUUCAAUUCAAACAGCAUACAAAUGAGCGACGUCUAUCAGCGAAGAUUUAGUUUAGACAACCCUAUGCUCUGUUCAUCUCCUUUUUCUACCACUGAUAACGUUGACGACGUGUGGCCCAGUAGUGCAGGUGCUUUGAGGACAAUUACAAGAAAUAUCCGAACGGGAAUGGCCCAACAGCAAGCAAUGUCUCCAGUGUUGCCUGACAGGACGAACGUGUCUCAAUCACAACUGCAGUAUAUGCACGACCGAAAAGAAAUGUUAAGAGGAUUGAAGCCGAGAUAUCUGCAGGAUUCAAAUGAUCAUCGACUGUCGAACGUAGAUGAUAAAUGGCCAAUUCAAACAAACCCUGCAGGAAAGGCCCCUUUGAAUAACAAACGUGCAAGGCGACGUAGUGAGGGUGAAGUGGAACUAAGACCGGGUGGUCAGGUCAUAUCAAACUACUGGACAGAUAAUAACGUUUACUUCUAAGUUUAGCUCAAGACUGAAAUACUUACGUAGCUUUCCUUAGAAACGCCUCAAUAACUACGUUAUAUAUCAUAUACGUGUAUAUAUAUAUAAUUUGAUACACGCUUGUAGGACACACAUAUCAUGUUCUAAUUAUAAACUGUUUUGUAUUGGUACAAGAAAUCAAUUUUGUUUUCCAGUGCAUAUGUAUCACUGUCAUGUAAUGACAUUGCAGCAAAG